GAGGUCCCUGUAUCUCCUCCCUCUCCUCCAGCCCUGUCUUAGCAAAGAUCCUAUAGCAGAGCUCUGCUAUAGGAUCUUUGGUUUUAGGUCGCUGGCAACGCCGAGGUGCUGGCCAGACGAGCAGCCCCAAGGCUCCCGAGGGGGAGGGUGAUGGAGGUCUGUCUCUCCGGCCCGGGCCAGGGCUGACACCGCGGCCAGGGCGUAGAGCGGAGGUCGGGGUCCGGUGCAGACGCCGGCCACUCCGUCCCCACCCGAAGCUGGGCUGAAGUAUCUGGAUGAUUCUGGGAUCGUGCCUGACCAUCGCCUUCCUAGUCCACCUCACCUGGGGGCUGGAGUUUGUGGUUGGCCCAGCCAACCUCACCGUCUCACUGGGCCUGAAAGCCCAAAUGCGAUGUCAGCUGAAAGGCUUCUCCACCUGGCCCACCAUCCACUGGCUAAAGGACGGCAGGGAGCUGCGCAAUGCCGACUUCACCAGCGUGCCCCUCGGCAGCAACGAGCUGCUGAAUGUCUUCAGGUUGAGGAGUGUGCAGCAAACGGACAUGGGCUGGUACUGGUGCAUGGCCAGAGUGAAGGGAGUUGACGUCAACUCAACGAAGGCCUUUUUAACCGUUGAAGGUUUGCCGUACUUCACAAUCGAGCCGCAGGAUCUGUACGUAUUUAAAGAUACACCCUUCAAUUUAACCUGCGCUGCUUCUGGCCAACCAAAACCUACGGCCAUCUUAUGGAAGAUCGGUGGGGUCUUAGUUGAAGAGACCUGGGAAGAAUCUCCUGCAGUUCUCACCGUCAAAGGAAUUCAAAGCCGGACUACCUUCACUUGUGAAGCACAUAAUGCCAGGGGAGUUGCCGUCUCGAGGACUGCAGGGGUCAAUGUCAAAGUUCUAGCAGACCGGCCCACCGAUGUGAUGAUCAAUGGCCUGACAUCCAACAGUGUCAGCAUCUCCUGGACUGUCGCCUCCAAUGGCUUCUCGUCACUUCGCAACUGCACUGUGCAGGUUUUGGAUCCGAACAAGCUCAAUGCCUCUUCAAACGUGAAUGUCUCCUUCAAGGUGACGACUCCAGCCGUGCCGUUCACCUACACCAUCCACGGUCUGAGCCCGUUCACCAACUGUGGCGUUCGGCUCGCCUGCACCAACGAGGUCGGCCCUUCCGAGUUCAGCAAGUGGACGCACUUCCAGACGUCUGAAGGAGCUCCCAGUGCCGCGCCGAGGAACGCCAUCUACUCCUACAACGGCUCGUCAUUGGUGAUCGAAUGGAACGAGGUGCCAGCGAGGGAUAUACACGGCAUUCUCCUUGGAUACAUCGUGGAAUGGACCGGGCCCGGGAGAAAAAAGGAGAUCUCAGUCGCAGCAGGGACCCAAGCUAUCUUGCCCUCUGUCCAUCCUUCCGAGAAUGAUUUGUUUCGAGUGUGUGCACGGACGGCAGUCGGACGCGGCCCAUGGAGUGCACCAGCGCGUCUAUUAGGUCAGGAGCAAGGCCGCCGAAGACCACGGAUAUCAUGGGCGCCUUUGAUCAUCGGCAUCCUCUGUGCAGCCAUAACUCUAAUCAGCGUUCUGCUUGUGGUCUACCACAUCAGGAAAAAGGAGCUGCAGUUUGGACCUGCCUUUGCUCCAGCCGCUGCAUCCAAUGGAGUGGGCCAGGUGGUGCAGUACAGGGCAGGACGCAGCUACAACCGUAGAGGAUCAAUGCGCAUUGAGGCUACAUUUGACACUUUGGGAAUUAGCGACGCUUUGAAGCAGAAGUUGGAAGAUAUUUUCAUCCAUGAGAAGCAGAUUGAACUGGGUCGGACACUGGGACGAGGGGAGUUUGGCUCUGUCAAGGAGGCGUAUUUAAAGAUGGAGGAUGGGUCCACACAGAAGUUGGCCGUGAAGAUGCUGAAAGCUGAAAUCAGUGCAACUGGGGACAACGAGGAGUUCUUGCGAGAGGCCGCCUGCAUGAAGGAAUUCGACCACCCGAACGUCAUUAAGAUUAUUGGGGUGAGUCUCCAGAGUCGACCGCAUCGCCGGCUUCCCGUCCCCAUGGUCCUGCUGCCGUUCAUGAAGCAUGGAGAUCUGCGCACCUACCUCGUACUCUCCCGGCUGGGAGACCAACCAGUUGAGAUUCCUUUCCAAACACUGUUGAAUUUUAUGAUCGAUAUUGCCAAGGGAAUGGAGUACUUGAGCAGCAAGAACUUCAUCCACAGGGAUCUGGCCACACGCAAUUGCAUGCUGGACCAAGAUAUGCGUGUGUGUGUGGCAGACUUUGGCUUAUCCCGGAAGCUGUACAGUGGAGACUACUAUAGACAAGGGAGCAUGAGCAAGCUGCCUGUCAAAUGGAUUGCACUGGAGAGUUUGGCAGAUAAUGUUUACACAGUUCACAGCGAUGUGUGGUCAUUCGGGGUGACCAUGUGGGAGAUAGCAGCGAGAGGGCAGACCCCCUACCCAGGGGUUGAGAAUGCAGAACUCUACGACUACCUCAUAUCGGGACAGAGGUUGAAGCAACCCUCAAACUGCUCCGAUGAAUUGUACCACCUCAUGCAGAGAUGCUGGCACACUGAGCCCAAGCUCAGACCCUCCUUCGAAUCUUUGAGGGUGUCACUGGAAAAUCUCUUGCGGGGCCUUUCCCCAGUCACAGAGCAGCCCCAGCCUUUCUACAUGAACCUACGGAAGGGGGAAGGAGCUUCGGAGUGCAGUACGGUCUGCAGCACGGCUUGCUGGGAGGUGGAACAGAGCGGAGGCAACAUGGACGGCCCAGCUGUAGUGGGCACCUCUGACUACCGAUAUGUGACAGCCCCUCUGAGCUUGUUGGAGGACGCAGCGUACAACCUAGCAGGUGGGAUGGAGAGCCAUCCACACGAUGGGCAGCUGGAAGACCAAGUCGUUAUUCAUCUCUAACAACCAGAAAGCUGGGCCUAAUCGACGAGCAGUGCAAUAAUGACGUGAAACUGGGGCUAAACACCUCAGCUGUGCCUUGACGUAUCCAUAUGAACAUGGAUCCAACUCCUGGAGGUUGACUGGUUUCCGUGGGAUCCAAAUCCCAAAAGACUCAAGAAUUAUGUUGUUAAUUAAAAAAGGAUGAUAAAUUUAUUGAACAUGAAAUAUUACUUACUGCACAGUUUCCUCUGCAAAGUUUUUCUUUGAUUUGAAUUAAACAGAUUUUUUUUAAUUAAA